AUUGUUGAUUGAGGUGACAACAGACGUAAAGAACAACAAUUAUAACGGAAGUUUUUUAUUAAAUUCAUUUAUUUAUUAUUGUUUUUUUUUUUGGGAGUUAAAUUAAAAAUGAUUUCAAUUCUGGUAGUAAUGUGUUUACAAUUUUUGUUAAAAGUAAAAGGACUGUACGAUAUGGAUAAUGAACAUUGCAUUUCAGUUCCUUAUUGGCAAUGUAAGGACGAUUUUAGUGGUUUGGUUGAAGACGGCGAAGGACUCAUGGAUGUAAGAAGGACUAGUUACGUAGAAAAAAUGCCUUUGCUGAGUAACGAUUUUGACGUGUGUUGUCCAGUUGAAUGCGGCAACAGAAAGAUGUUGACUCAUGAUAUUAUGGCAGCCAAGAAUUACGAAGAAGAAAUAUUCGGUUUUAGGAUAUUGGGAGAUAACAACGCAGCUGAAUUCGGCGAAUUUCCUUGGAUGUUGGGGAUAUUGGAAGGCAGAACUUACAGAUGCGGGGGUUCUUUGGUACAUCCUCAAGUGGCGAUAACUGCAGCGCAUUGUGUAAAUAAAGAGAGUCGCUAUAAAAUUAGAGCCGGGGAAUGGAAUUGGGAAACCUCGAUGGAACCGAUACCACAUCAAGAUCGUCUUGUUAAAAAAAUUAUUGUACAUCCGAAUUUUCAUCCGCAAACGCUACAAAACGACAUCGCCAUCGUAAUUCUCGAGAGACCGUUUAUGUUACGCGAAAACGUUGGCAUAAUGUGUCUACCAUAUCCUGGUAUCAAGUACGAACGCAGAAGAUGCGUCGUAGCCGGAUGGGGAAGAAAUUCUCACAAAAAAGGAACCUACCAAGCGACGUUGAAACGAAUGGAAUUACCGAUUCUUACAAAAGACGCCUGCGUAAAGACCCUACAAGAUGUCAAAUUCGGUCGCUCCUUCCGCCUUCAUAAGAGUUUCUUAUGCGCCGGAGGAGAAGGUAAAAAAGACACCUGCAAGGGAGACGGUGGAAGUCCGCUGAUGUGCCCCAUUGUUAAUCGACCCGGAAAAUACCAACAAGUGGGUAUAGUUUCGUGGGGAUUGACGUGUGGGGUAGCGAAUACCCCAGGGGUUUACGUCAAUAUUGAAAUAUUUUUAGAUUGGAUCGACGAUGUUUUAGAAAGCUACGGAUUCGAUACUACUGUAUACAAAUACAGAUAGUACGAAUAGACAUGCGCACAAGGGACUGUCAAAUUCGUAAGUUCCUAAGCGCGGUAAAUACAACUUAUUUUGAAUAAAUCAGUGGAUGAAUUUGUUGUUUUAGAACAUAUUUCACUUUAAACAACGUUUUCAGACUUUCGAAUUAAUAGAGAAGUUGAGGAAACGUACAUAAAACAAUGAGGUUAUGUGAAUAUUUCAUAUUAUGACUUUGUGUGUAUAUAAUAGAGACAUUGAUGUAAUUAAAUGAUUUCUGAUUCUAAAA